GCCUUCCUCCCGCCGCGCCCUCCGCCUCCGCCCGCACCUCGCUAGCGUUCCCCUGUCCUCCCCAACGCCCCGGAGCCGCCGGCCGCUAGCGUCAGCGCCAGCCAGAAUUAAGGAAGUUCACUGGAGUAAAAUGGAGGCCUCAGUAAUAUUACCCAUUCUGAAGAAAAAACUGGCCUUCCUUUCAGGAGGAAAGGACAGACGGAGUGGCCUCAUUUUGACAAUUCCAUUAUGCCUCGAACAGACAAAUAUGGAUGAGCUGAGUGUCACCUUAGACUACCUACUCAGCAUUCCAAGUGAGAAGUGUAAGGCUAGAGGAUUUACCGUGAUUGUGGAUGGCAGAAAAUCACAGUGGAAUGUGGUGAAAACAGUAGUCGUAAUGCUACAGAAUGUUGUUCCAGCUGAGGUGUCCCUUGUUUGUGUGGUAAAGCCAGAUGAAUUCUGGGAUAAGAAAGUAACACAUUUUUGUUUUUGGAAAGAAAAGGAUAGACUUGGCUUUGAGGUUAUUUUAGUGUCUGCCAAUAAAUUGACUCGUUAUAUUGAACCAUGCCAAUUAACAGAAGAUUUUGGUGGGAGUCUCACCUAUGAUCACAUGGACUGGUUAAAUAAGAGGCUGGUUUUUGAGAAGUUUACAAAGGAAUCUACAUCAUUAUUAGAUGAACUUGCUUUGAUUAACAAUGGAAGUGAUAAAGGAAAUCAGCAAGAGAAAGAAAGGUCUGUGGAUUUAAACUUUCUUCCAUCGGUUGAUCCUGAGACGGUUCUUCAAACAGGGCAUGAAUUAUUAUCCGAAUUACAGCAGCGUCGAUUUAAUGGCUCAGACGGAGGGGUUUCAUGGUCUCCAAUGGAUGAUGAACUGCUCGCACAGCCACAGGUUAUGAAAUUAUUAGAUUCACUCCGAGAGCAAUAUACCCGCUACCAGGAAGUUUGUAGGCAACGUAGCAAGCGCACACAGUUAGAAGAGAUUCAACAGAAGGUGAUGCAGGUUGUGAACUGGCUAGAAGGGCCUGGAUCAGAACAACUAAGAGCCCAGUGGGGCAUUGGAGAUUCCAUUAGGGCCUCCCAGGCCCUACAGCAGAAACAUGAAGAGAUUGAGAGCCAGCACAGUGAAUGGUUUGCAGUGUAUGUGGAACUUAAUCAGCAAAUUGCAGCACUCUUGAAUGCUGGCGAUGAGGAAGAUCUUGUGGAACUAAAGUCACUGCAGCAACAACUUAGUGAUGUUUGUUAUCGACAGGCCAGUCAGCUGGAAUUUAGGCAAAAUCUCUUACAAGCAGCUCUUGAAUUUCAUGGUGUUGCCCAAGAUUUGUCUCAGCAGUUGGAUGGCUUAUUAGGGAUGUUGUGCGUAGAUGUAGCACCAGCUGAUGGAGCAUCGAUUCAGCAAACUUUAAAACUGCUUGAAGAGAAGCUGAAAAGUGUUGAUGUGGGAUUGCAAGGUUUGCGUGAAAAAGGUCAAGGUCUCCUGGAUCAGAUCUCCAAUCAGGCAUCCUGGGCCUAUGGAAAGGAUGUAACCAUUGAAAAUAAAGAAAAUGUGGACCACAUACAAGGAGUGAUGGAAGAUAUGCAGCUUAGAAAACAAAGAUGUGAAGACAUGGUAGAUGUGCGAAGGUUAAAGAUGCUUCAGAUGGUGCAGUUGUUUAAAUGUGAAGAAGACGCUGCUCAGGCAGUAGAAUGGCUAAGUGAACUUCUGGAUGCUCUGCUUAAGACUCACAUCAGAUUGGGCGAUGAUGCUCAAGAAACAAAAGUUUUGCUGGAAAAGCAUAGAAAAUUUGUUGAUGUUGCACAGAGCACUUAUGACUAUGGCAGACAGUUGCUACAGGCCACAGUGGUGUUAUGCCAGUCUUUGCGUUGCACUUCUCGGUCAUCUGGGGAUACGCUUCCUCGAUUGAACAGAGUAUGGAAACAAUUUACAAUAGCAUCUGAAGAGAGAGUACAUAGGUUGGAAAUGGCUAUUGCAUUUCACUCAAAUGCUGAAAAGAUUUUGCAGGACUGUCCAGAAGAGCCUGAAGCUAUUAAUGAUGAGGAGCAAUUUGAUGAAAUUGAAGCAGUUGGGAAAUCACUUUUGGAUAGAUUAACUGUUCCUGUAGUUUAUCCUGAUGGAACCGAACAAUAUUUCGGGAGUCCAAGUGACAUGGCUUCUACUGCAGAACACAUCAGAGACAGGAUGAAACUAGUUAAUCUCAAAAGGCAGCAGCUGAGACAUCCUGAAAUGGUGACCACAGAGAGCUAAUAGCUACCAGCUACCUACAGAUUUGCAGUUCAUAAUCCCGCAUGUUGUCAACAUACUACAGCAUUAGCCACCACACUAAGAUGCAUUUCACAGCCAAAAUAAGUCUCAUUUCUUUUCAUGACACAUUUCUCUUUAUAUGUUAACACCUUGCUAUUACCAAGGCAUAAUUACUUAACAUGCUUCGAGGCUGUAGACUCCAAGUAUCUUAAAAGAAGGAACUAUAAACAUUGCACUGAAAACUUGCUUUAAAGCUUUACCUGACCUGUCAGUUUGUAGAUAAACAACUGAUAAUAAGCUUUGAAUGGUGCUAAUAAGAGUAGGAAUUUUCUCUAUUAAAAAAAAAAAAAAAGGUUGCCCUUCCUCCACAGGUGAUUUAGUAAAUUUAGGCAGUAGUUAAACUCUUAUUAGUAAAUAGUGGUGUCCUCAAAAUUUUACUUUGUAAUUCUUCAGAAUUGAUUAUUUUUAUUGUGUCAAUAUGGAGAAAACCUUUCAGAUCUUUGAUAUAUCAUAGUCAUUAAAAGACCUUUUCCUAUUUGUAUUGAUAACGUAUUAAAAGUUGUUUGUGCUUAAUAAAGGACUUCUUUAAACAUCUUAUUUAAUUUAGUAGUUACAUCCUAUUUCUAAACAUGAGUGCCUUAUUUAAAAGGGCAUUCUUAGGACUGUGAAGAUGGUUUAAUAUUUGUUUUUUCAUGGUGGUUGCAUGUGUUUUAGACAGGAAAUUCAUAUGUAAGCAUGUAUAUAUAAUAAAUAAGCAUGUUUAUCAUGAAAAAUUAUUGUGAACAAUUUAGAUCUUUAAGAACUUAUUAAUAAUGGAAUACUAUUUCUAAUUUUUCUCUUCUUCAACUUGAAAAAUAUUCUCAAAAUUAUUAACUACCCUGAAGAUACUUUGUCUUUAGGGGAGGAGGGCUGAGGAAGAAGGCAUACAUAAUUACUUCAGUGUAAUCCUUUAUAUCAGAGUAAUCUUUCUGGAACUAAAAUAGCAAUUGUUAAUAAAAUUUAGUUUCUCAUUAUAGUCUAAAAGCAAAAUAAAUUCUUAAGUAGUCCAGUAACAGAACUGUAUGACUCCUUUAGAAAUAAAAUUUAUCAUGAAAUGCUAGUGCUUUUAAGUUUGUAUUAAGUUUAAAUGGUGAAAUGCA